GAGUAUAUUGUAUGCCCGAGUGUCAUUAUAUUGUCUCAAGUUCAGCGUCUCGUAUCACACAAACAAUUAUACAUCAAGCGAGUAAAGGCAGAGAAUGGGAUUAUUCAAAUCAACGUUUUUAAUAUCGUUGUCACUGAUAAUAUUUCAAAUGGCUUGGUGCGCUAUCUGGUUGAAUUCAGCGCUGAAAAGAACAAUAAAGGGAAUGGGAUUGUUGGUACAUAAAAGAAACACAGUACAGCAGAAAAUCAAGACUUUCCGUCCAGAAACUACGACAGAGGUUUUUACCACAAUUUCACCAACUAUAAUACAGUCGCGUAAAAAGAAAUUUCGAUACUUAACACAACCUAUUGAGCCAAAACAUCAUGGCAACAUCAACGACACCAGAUGUUUGAAGUUAAAAGAAAGUACUACCGUCUCGCUUGUGAACUUCGUUGUAUCAUCUGCACCAAACUUCUUCCCAAGGCAAAUAAUCAGAGAAACCUCGGGUUCGAUUUCAUUUGUGAACGGUCUUUCUAUAAAACAUGUCUUCGUUGUCGGAAAAUCAACUGAUGAGAAUACGAACUUGAAGAUUAUAAAUGAGGCUGAAGAGCACGGAGAUGUGUUGUUCUACGACUACCCGGAUAACUACUUGAAUUUGGUGUACAAGACACUUGCUCUGCUACAAUGGGCCAGUGAGAAUCUAUCAAUGCAAACUAUCAUCAGCAAAACUGACGAUGACGUAGCGGUUGAUUUCUUCCAGUUAUCAAGAAAUUUAGAAGAAAUUUUGGACGAAGUGGUACAAAAUGUAACGGCUAGCACAGAUGAGCAUGAAAAACGUAAAAACAUUUUCGAAAAUGUUCCAGUUAUUUGUGGGGUGACGUAUAAAACUGGAGAAAGACCACUGCGCGAUAUACACAACAAAAAUUACGCCUCAAUCGAAGAAUAUGCGGCGAGCACAUACCCUACUCAUUGUGGUGGCCCAAUGUACGUGGUGCCAGUGACUAUGGCUUCACGUAUUUACGGAUUGACAGGUGAUGAUAAAAUGUUGACAAACGAAGACGUUUGGUUUACUGGGGUAAUACGUGAGAGAAUUGGCAAAGGUGAUAAUAACAUUGUGAGACACAAAUAUCCUUUCGCACAGCAUUAUCAAACAUCUGAAACUUCGUUUGAAGACAGGGAAUGGGCAAUACGCAAUGCUUACAAGUCAAUGAUUGAUGGUUUAAAACAUUAUAAAAUACCAUAUUGUUAAGAAUACCAUAACAACACUUUUUAUAUAGCAGGGUGGGUGGAGAUGAGACGCUUUUAGCAAUAAUAACCAAAUCCAAUCUGAUCGUGUUUUAAACAAUUAACAAUGGUCUAUGGAAGUCAUAGGAAUUCGGAUUUAUGUUACUUUUUUGAACGUUCCUUGUUUACUACCAAAUGGGUCGAGAAAAUAGAGUGAAAAUCCAUUCCCACUUCCCCAUGCUAUAGUUGCCACUUUAACAGCGAAACUUAUUUACCAUUAUUAUCUUUGCGUAUUAGCCAGUAAAGCCUACAUCUACGUUAGGUCGACGAGGCCGCUUAUAGAUCGGGGCAUGAUGUGCUGGUUCAGCAUUGUGCGCACAUCAAGAAAUUAAAUCUCUUCUGAUUUUCUUUAUUUAUGUUUAGUAUAUAUGUAUAUAUAUUUAUGAUUAUACUUCGCUGUUUUACGUGGAAAGCAUAAUCACAAUAAACUUUUAAAAUCACUGUAA